GACAGUCUUUGUGUUCUCAUGGGGAGAAGAGAUGGUGAAGACCUCCAGGGUUUAGAGAGACCUGCAGCCCUGAUGAGGCCGACCCACCAGCAGAAAGCUGAGGGUUCACUGUCUGGGUUUCCUCUCCAGGCUGCUGCUUCACGCUGAGUUUUUCUUCUUGUUGGAGCCAAGAACAUUCACAGCUUUUCUCAACAACAAGUUGAAGAAUUGAUUUAUUUUAUUUUUGGGGCUACAUCUGUCCACUGGGGAAAAUCGGAUUCUUUGCCAAGUAAUUUACACAAAGACUAAAAUGGAUGAACCCAGGAAUCAACCGGAUCCAACAUGGAGACCAGCUUCACUCUUUCUAGGAGAAAAUCAGAACAAAACCAUCAGGAGGAAAAUUUAACGCUUCGUCGCCAGUUAUAAGAACCAGUAGCUACUGCUGGUUCUGGGAGGAGCAACCAGUUAGAUCCAGUCAUGAACUCGAGGAUUAGAGAAAAACAAAUUCUCUCUCAGGUUCUGUUUGCCUGACAUUGAAUCAGUUUGCUGAACAUUUGAAUUGUUUUUCUGCUCAGUUCGAGGAAUUGGACGAGACCAAGAUCCAUGAAUUCAGAUGGACUUAAAUCUUGAUAUGAACCAAAGAGAGUUUCUCCACAAUUGGGACAUUCAGUGGGACAGUAUUUUUGCAUAAAACAUAAUGUGAGAUUUCAGCCUCCAUUUUGAGCCACAGGAUGGAAAUAGAGAUAAAAGAUGUCGCAGCAGAAAUUGGAUUUUGGGGAAAAGCUUUUCAAGGUUCGCAGUGAGUUUGUGGAGAGAGUCUCUGAGGAAAUCCUGAAACGGCUCCUCGAUGGCCUUCUGUCAGAUGGAGUCUUUACGCUUUCGGAGAUAGAAGGUAUACUGCAGAAGAACCAAACCAGAGCAGACAAGGCCCGGGACACCACAGACACUGUGAAAAAGAAAGGACAGAGAGCCUGCAGAUUGAUGAUCAAACGUCUUCACCACAUGGAUUCGACUCUGUCCAAUCAGCUGGGUUUGUCCUCUGACUCCUUUGGUCCAGAUUUUGAUGUUCGGUGUCAACAGGAGCUUAAAGAGCAUCUGAAGAAUAAGUUUCAAACUCUCUCUGAAGGCGUCGCUGAACCUGGAAAGAAAACCGUUCUGAACCAGAUCUUCACAGAGCUCCACAUCACAGAGGGGUUAACUAGAGAGGUCAACCAGGACCAUGAGGUCAGACAGAUAGAAACAGCAUCCAGGAAACAAGAAACAAUCAGAGUAGAAGACAUGUUUAAAGUACCACCUGGAAGUGAUCAACCAAUUAGAACAGUGAUGACCAUGGGUGUGGCUGGCAUUGGGAAAACCCUGUUAACACAGAAGUUCACUCUGGACUGGGCUGAAGGCAAAACCAACCAGAGAAUUGAUUUCAUAUUUCCAUUCACUUUCAAAGAGCUGAAUAACUUGGAAGACGAAAAGUUCAGCUUGGUGGAACUGAUUCAUGAGCGCUUCACUAAAACCAAAGGAAUCAGCAGCUUUGAAGCGUUCCAGGUUCUGUUCAUCUUUGAUGGCCUGGAUGAGAGUCGACUUUGUCUGGAUUUCCACAAGACUAAAAUCUUUACUGACCCUGAAAAGUCAACCUCACUGCAUGUGCUACUGACAAACCUCAUCAGGAGGGAACUACUUCCAUCUGCUCUCCUCUGGAUAACCACAAGACCUGCAGCAGCCAAUCAGAUCCCUGCUCAGUGUGUUGACAUGGUAACAGAAGUCAGAGGGUUCACUGACCCCCAGAAGGAGGAAUACUUCAGGAGGAGAUUCAUAAAUGAUGAAGAGAAGGCCAGCAGGAUCAUCUCCCACAUCAAGAAAUCAAAAAGUCUCCACAUCAUGUGUCACAUCCCAGUCUUCUGCUGGAUCACUGCUAAUGUUCUGGAGAAUGUGAUGAAGACCAGAGUGGGAGGAGAGUUGCCCAAGACUCUGACUGAGAUGUACAUAGAGUUCCUAGAGGUUCAGCUGAAAAUGAAAAAGGAAAAGUAUGAAGGAGGACCAGAGACUGAAUCAGUCUGGAGUCCACAGAACAGGAAGAUGAUUGAGUCUCUAGGAAGACUGGCUUUUGAGCAGCUGCUGAAGGGAAACCUGAUCUUCUACAAAACUGACCUGGACGAGUGUGGCAUUGAUUGUAAGGAAUCUGCACAGUAUUCAGGAGUGUUCACAGAGAUGUUUAAAAAGGACAGUGGAACAGGCAACAUCUCAGUCUACUCUUUUGCUCAUCUGAGCAUCCAGGAGUUUCUGGCUGCAGUCUACAUGCUCCACUGUUUCACCAGCAGGAAGCGGAAAAAAGUGAUCAAGACGUUCCUGGGAGAAAACAUUUCUUUCAUGUCUUUGCAUAAGUUCAUGAAGAAAGUCAUGGAGAAAUCCCUCAGCAGUAAAAAUGGCCACCUGGACCUGUUUGUCCGCUUCCUUCAUGGUCUCACUGGGGCGUCCAAGCAGAAACUCUUAGGAGGCCUGAUGGGUCAGACAGAGAACAGUCCAGAAACCAUCCAGAGAAUCAUCACUAACCUGAAGAAGAUGAACACUGAUGAAAUCUCUCCUGACAGAAGAAUCAACAUCUUCUACUGUUUGGUGGAGAUGAACGACCUCUCAUUUUAUCAGGAAAUCCAACGGCUGCUGGAUUCAGGGAAGGAGCUCUCAGUGUCUGACUGCUCAGCUCUGGCCUUCAUACUGCAGAUGUCAGAGGUUCUGGAUGAGUUGGACCUGAAGAAGUACAACACAUCAAAAUGGGGACGACUGAGACUAGUUCCAGCUGCAAGGAACUGCAGAAAGGCUCGACUUGGUGGCUGGUCGCUCCAAAAGGCUGAAUGUGAAGUUGUGGCCUCAGCUCUGAAGUCCAACCCAAAUCUGACAGAACUGGAAAUAAAUCAGAUCUUCAUAAAUGCAGGUGGAGACUCUGAUAUGAAGCCUCUCAUUGAGAUCCUGGAGAGUUCAGUCAGUAAAGUGAAGGAGCUGAGAUUGAGUUUCUGCAGUUUGUCAGAGACCAGCUGGACUUCUCUGUUCUCAGCUCUGAAGUCCAACCCGACCCAUCUGACAGGACUGGACCUGUUCAGAACCAACCUGGAAGGUUCUGGAGAGAAGGAGCUCUGUGGUUUUCUACAGACUGAAGGCUGCAGACUGGAGACAUUGAGAUUGAGUUUCUGCAGUUUGUCAGAGACCAGCUGGACUUCUCUGUUCUCAGCUCUGAAGUCCAACCCGACCCAUCUGACAGAACUGGACCUGAGCAGAACCAACCUGGAAGGUUCUGGAGUGAAGGAGCUCUGUGGUUUUCUACAGACUGAAGGCUGCAGACUGGAGACAUUGAGAUUGUGGGAAUGCAGGUUGUCAGAGAGCAGCUGGACUUCUCUGUUCUCAGCUCUGAAGUCCAACCCGACCCGUCUGACAGAACUGGACCUGAGCCACACCAACCUGGAAGGUUCUGGAGUGAAGGAGCUCUGUGGUUUUCUACAGACUGAAGGCUGCAGACUGGAGACAUUGAGAUUGUGGAGCUUCAGUUUGUCAGAGACCAGCUGGACUUCUCUGUUCUCAGCUCUGAAGUCCAAACCGACCCAUCUGACAAAACUGGACCUGAGCAGCACCAACCUGGAAGGUUCUGGAGAGAAGGAGCUCUGUGGUUUUCUACAAACUGAAGGCUGCAGACUGGAGACAUUGAGAUUGAGUUUCUGCAGUUUGUCAGAGACCAGCUGGACUUCUCUGUUCUCAGCUCUGAAGUCCAACCCGACCCAUCUGACAGGACUGGACCUGAGCAGCACCAACCUGGAAGGUUCUGGAGUGAAGGAGCUCUGUGGUUUUCUACAGACUGAAGGCUGCAGACUGGAGACAUUGAGACUGAAGUGGUGCAGUUUGUCAAAGAUCAGCUGUGAUUAUUUGGCCUCAGCUCUGAGGCCAAAUAAAAAGUCCAACAGCCUCCGUCUGACAGAACUGGACCUGAGAUACAACGAACUGAAGGAUUCAGAUGUUCAGCAGCUGAAGCGUUUUGUAAAGACUUUAUGGUUGGAGGAAACAAAUUAAUUUAAGCAGUGAAUGGCUUCUCUGUCCUGCUGAUCCUCAGAGGUUGAAGCUUCUUCAGUUUGAGUCUAAAGAGACUGACUGGAUCGCGAUGAUGACCUUUGACCUCAAAGAUUUUCCUUCUGUUUAUUUUCUCAUGUCUGUCAUUCAGUGUCUGAUAUUGUUAGUCUCUUUAGAUCAAUAAAGAUCAAAUUCAAACUGGGCUCCAUUUAGAGGCUUCAUGAAGUUUUGGUCUGAACUGGAUUCAACUGGAAAGUUGAUGUUUUUUCUCUCAUUCAUUUUCAUCCUGGAACCAGAAAUGGUCUGAGAAUGGAAACAUGGGAAUCAUUUUUUUUUUUACUUUUUCAAAGUCACUUCAAACCUCUUUUCUCUGCUGCUUCUUUCUUCUAUUGACAUAAAAAUGUUCCUCAAAAUGCAACAGAUAAAAAAAAGGCUUUACUGGAAACUACAAAGAAACUUGAGCUUCCAUCACAGAAACCAGUUUAACCAGUUAAGAACUGGAUGUCCAACAGAAACACUGAUCUUAGAGUAGUUUUCAGAAACAUCCAGCAUUUUAUCUGGAAAAAAAACAAUUUUACAUAUUUUCAUGUUUUUAUGUUCAUUAUAAAAUCUCUAACUAAUGAAGUUUUGUAUUAUAAUCAUUGAUUCUCAGCUUUAAUAUUUCUCAGUUUGUUUUGGUGGUUUACUUUUUUAACUCUGUAUUUUAUGUUUUACUUUCAGUUUUCUAGAGAACUUUAGGACUCGAUGUGUCACAUCAGAACUCUUUACUGUGAUUUUAUUGAUUUUUUUUCAAACCUCAGAGAAUCACUGGGAUAAUAUGCUGAUUGGUUCGUGUUUGCUUUUUAUAUUUCUUCUUAUGUAAUGUGGGUUGCUGGAUGUUUAAUGACCAAAUAAAGUUUCAAAGAA